AUGGUGCGCAAGCUCAAGCACCACGAGCAGAAAUUGCUGAGAAAGGUUGACCUUAUUACCUACAAAUCCGAUGGACCAUCGCACCGUGCAGCCGAUGUUCGCAGACGAUAUCAUCUCACAGAACCUCUCGACUACGACAAGUACAAUGGUUUAGCAGGAAAGCUCAGGAAACUGGCUCAUAUGCUCUCCAACCUCGAUCCUUCUGACCCUUACCGAAAAGAACAAGAAUCUAUCCUCCUCGAGAAGCUAUGGCAGAUGGGCAUCGUGAAACAAUCACGUGAACAGGGCGCAGGACUGAGCGCGGUCGAAAAGGAUGUUACUGUUAGUGCGUUUUGUCGAAGACGACUGGGUAUAAUCAUGGUCAGAAGCGGCAUGCUGGAACAUGUCAGAACUGCACACAAAUUUAUCGAGCAAGGUCACGUUCGUGUUGGAACAGAUGUGGUCACUGAUCCUGCUUUCCUGGUCAGUCGAGGAAUGGAAGAUUUCAUCACAUGGGUCGAUGGCUCGAAGGUCCAGAGACAGGUUCUCCAGUACAGGGACAAGCUGGAUGAUUUCGACUUGCUCUAA